UAUGUAAAACAUUUUUCUUUUCAUUUGAACGAUGAAUUUAAUUUGACAUAGAUGUUUAUUUAAAUUUUUAUUUAGAAAAAUUAAGAGAGAAUUUCUGCACGAAUUAAUUGUAAGAAAAAUCCAUGUUCGUUUAUUGUAUUAUUCAUAUAUAAUGGUAUGGUGUAGUUUUGUUUGGCACUGUAUAUAGAAUAGUUACUUGUUGUGUUCGAGUCAAGGUAAAAGCCAAGUGAAAGGAAAAGAAAGAAGGACCGCGUGGCACUUACAGUCUUCUCUGGUGAGUCCGUUAGUCUACCGGGUAAUUUCAAAAUGGCUGUGCUCGAUCGUUUCUCCUUGAUAUUUUACCUUCCGUUGUUCUUUGUGAGUUACCAGGCGUGAAUCUCUCAAUUCGUGUUUAUGCAACGAAAUAGAACGAUCGAUUGCAGGACAGGAUGGAUUUGAGGACGUGCAUCGUCGUAUUCUUUUCAAUUUUAUACUUCACUUUACUUCCAACAACGAUUGACGCACUUCGAAGAUGCGUUCAUUGCAGAUCAAGAGGAGAGCAAGGCUCCUGUAAAGAUCCAUUUACGAUGAAUUCGACACAAAUUGAGUUAGAAAGAGGCGUAGACAUGGUACCCUGUGUAUCCGGUUGGUGCGGUAAAAUAAUCGAGAGUCAAAAUUUAAACAACGAAUACGGUACCGCCACGCAAAGACUGUGCUUUCAAAGAGGACCGGAUGACGGCGAAGAGAGAUGCGCCUACACUACGUGGAACUAUAGAAAAGUUUACAUGUGUCUUUGUUUAGGAGAUCUUUGCAAUGGAGCAAUUAAUUCGUUAAACACAUCUUAUUCGUUACUGGUCUUGAUAUUAUGUCUUACCGUUAGAUGGGUCUUGUAAUUUUUUCAAGCGAAACUUCUUUACUUCCAUGGGAGUGAUUUUUCAAGCUCGUCACGAAAAUCAACAUCACGACAUGCGAACAAGUCUAACGUUACGGAACAGGUAACCGAGUAUACUUUCAAUCAAAUAAAAUCAAUAAAAAAAACAACAUACGAUACUUUUUGCAUUGCAUGAACUAUUCUAUCUUUACCCAACGCGCGCGCCCACACAAUGCUGUUUUGAAUCGAUGGAAUAAAAUAAUUUCGUCUUGCAUUCUCUUUAAAAGAGAGAAUUUAUUUUUCAAAUAAUUUAAUGCGAUAAGAAUAUAUUCACAAUAAAUAAAAUAUUUUUAUUAUAUCUUCUAAACUUCAUAUUAUGUUCGUAUUCUAUUGUACUGCAAUCGUUUAUUUUAUUCCUUCUCUACACUUGAAUUGUGAAUUAAACUGUUCCGUAAUUAAUGAGAUAUUAUUUCAAUUGUAAUUCAAGUAAGAACGAUAAACGUUGUUUUCUCCUAUAAUGUAAACGAAAUAAUAAUUACUACUUAUUAAAGACGUGAGAAAUCGACA